AUGAAUGGUGUGGUUUGGAGCCUUUUUCAGCACCUGCCGCGCUUCAUGGAGUCUGACAGCCGAGGUUUCCAGCCCUGGAGAGACUACAUGGGCCUGUCGGAGACCGUCAGAGACAUCCUGGCACUGAACAGCGCGGCUCAGUCGUCCCUCUCAGCCCCCAGAGCCUCGCUCCCGGAGCCCGUGGAUCGCCGCAGGGCUCUGGUGUCCAUGCGCCUUAACGCGAUGUGCCACAGUAACUUUGAGGCGGAUUGCGCGCAGGGUCUCCGCGGUGAGUCUCCGCGUCCAGACUCCUCGGCUCAUCGGAGUCUAACUGAUGUGUUGCGUGAGCCAAACCCCGCGCGUGUUGACGCACCAGAUGUGGAGGAUCCCAAACAAGUGGCAAAACCUCACAGGGGGACAAAAGACCGUAAGAGAACGACUCGCCCUAGGACACCCGAGCUCCCGGCGGCUCUUCCACCUCCUCAUCUUCCUCCUCCUCCCGAGCGCAUGUUCUGCAGCUUCUGCAAACACAAUGGAGAGUCCGACGUGGUGUAUGGAUCCCACUGGCUGAAGAACCUGGCCGGGGACGUUAUGUGUCCCUACCUGCGGCAGUACGUGUGUCCUCUCUGCGGAGCCACGGGGGCCAAAGCUCACACCAAGCGCUUCUGUCCCCGGGUGGACAGCGCGUACAGCUCCGUGUACACCAAGUCCAGACGCUGA